UAUUUUGAGGAGGAUGACGUGUAUGGCAUCAUAAUCUGAUUCAACUGCCGGUCGAAAAUCCUAUAUAAAAGGCUGAACGAGAGAGCAUCAUUGGCAAAGCAAUUCAUAUUUUCUCUUUCAGAUAGAUGGAGGGCUCAUUUUUCUGUGUGUUCAACGGGGCUCGCGUCUUUCUCUCUCUCCAUAUCCUCAUGGUUUGCUUCAUGCACGAAGGUUGUCCUUAUGGAGUAGAAGGGAAGAUUACAAGCCACAGUCUGACAGUUAGCUCUCUACUGCAAGGUUGUCCUUAUGGAGUAGAAGGGAAGAUUACAAGCCACAGUCUGCCAGUUAGCUCUCUACUGCAAGGUUGUCCUUAUGGAGUAGACGGGAAGAUUACAAGCCACACUAUGUCAGUUAGCUCUCUAUUGCCGUCUCCUUCUUGCUCGCCUUCCGCUAGCAAAGCUAGCAGCCGAAAGUCGACCUUGGAAGUAGUUCACAAUUAUGGCCCAUGCUCUCCACUUUUUGAAGACCUCAAUCCUCUAAAUCACACUAAAGUCCUGCUCCAAGACGUAUCAAGGGUCAAGUGGAUUCAGUCCCAAUCCUCCAAUGGCAGCGAUGGCCUAAAAGCUUCGCCCACAGCCAGUCUUCCAGCAAAGUCUGGCAUCACCAUGGGCACUGGCAAUUACGUAGUGACAAUCGGCCUCGGCACGCCAAAAAAGGACCUCACUCUCGAAUUUGACACCGGCAGCCGCCUCACAUGGACCCAGUGCGAGCCGUGCGCUGGAUCUUGCUACACUCAAUCCGAACCAAUAUUCAACCCAUCUCAAUCAUCAUCCUAUGCUAAUGUCUCGUGCAACACGACAUCAUGUUCUCAACUUGGUCGUUCGGGAUGCUCUGGAUCAACAUGUCUAUAUGCCAUUCAGUACGGCGACCAAUCAUAUACGAUUGGCUUCUUCGCAACCGAGAAGUUGACCCUAACACCGACGGAGGCGAUCGACAAUUUUGAAUUCGGCUGCGGCCAGAACAACCAAGGCCUCUUCGGCAGAACUGCAGGGUUGAUGGGACUCUCGAAUGACAAUAUCUCCAUCGUGGAACAAACUGCGGCCAAAUAUGGGAAGUACUUCUCCUACUGCUUGCCCUCUUCCCCUAGCUCCACAGGACACUUGACUUUCGGUAAGGAUGGUGGGGCAGUGAGCUCGGUUAGCUUCACGCCAUUAUCAACAGUUCCGCAAAGCUCGCAAUUCUACGGAAUAAGUAUCCAAGGAAUCGCUGUAGGAGGGAAUCGUCUAUCAAUACUAUCUACCGUUUUUUCAAGUGGAGGCGCCAUCAUCGACUCGGGAACUGUCAUUAGCCGAUUGCCUCCAACUGCUUACAGUGCCUUGAGAACUGCAUUCAGGAGUGCGAUGGCGAAUUACACGAUGGCGCCGGCGCUUCGCAUUCUUGAUACUUGCUAUGACUUCAGCAAAGAGAGUACAAUCACGGUCCCAUUGAUAACAUUCUCUUUCGCUGGGGGAGUCGAUGCCGAUUUGGACCCUAACGGGAUAUUUUUCAUCGUGAAUGCCUCGCAAGUGUGCCUCGCCUUUGCACCAAAUCGGGCUGAUAGUAAUCUGGGCAUUUAUGGUAAUACGCAGCAGAAAACGUUUGAAGUUGUGUACGAUGUUGCUGGAGGAAAGCUGGGUUUUGGUUCGAAUGGCUGUUCCUAAGAUGGAUGGAAUUAAAUGGAAGUUAUUUAUAGAUAUACUCGAUGACGAUUAGGAGUAUACAAAUUGAAUAUGUCGUCAUGUGUUUAAACGUUCUGAAUUUUAACUGUUGCAAAUCAAGAAUAAUGGAGGUGCUAUUACUAUGCCUUCUUUCGUGUCAUUCAA